AUGUUCGAUCGCCUACAGGAGAUGGUAGAAAAAUUGCAACAGAAGAUUCGCGUCCAAAAGAGACAAAUCGAAGAGGCUGAGGAAGUAGCCACUCAGAAUCUCUCAAAGUUCCGUCAAAUCCAGCUUGCCUUAGAGAACGCUGAAGAACGUGCCGAUGUGGCUGAGAAUAGCCUUGUCCGCAUGCGUAGUCAAAGGCGAGUGCAAUAA